AUGGCGGGCACGGGGCAGAAGGAUAAGGAGAAGCGGAAUCCCAUGAACAGUCCAGACAAUCACAAAGGCCGUAAAUUGGACAACGAUGAUUUCCAGAUCGCCCGGGUGAAGGGCAUGCCGGAAUGGGCUGAGGCAAUGCAGAAGGCUCUCAUGCAGCAUACCGCGGACCAAAUCGGCACUUUGACGAAGGAGGUUGAUGAGGCGAAGGUGAUGGCGAUGAAGGCGCAGGAGGAGAUCAGGGAGGUGCACAAGGAGGUGGGAGAGAUGAGGGUGAAGAUGAAGAACCUGGAGGAGUUGCAGGAGGAGUUCAGGAGGUCCAGCGAGGGCAUGUGGAACUACAUGACGAAGAAUGCGGGCAAGCACAUCCACCAGUUUCAGGGUAAGACGAUAUAUUGUAACGUCGAUUCGAGAUCAAGGGACCCAGAAUCGGAAGAGGCACGCAGGGAGACGGCUGUGCGGAAGGGUAUCGUGUGGUGGAAAGACAAACGAGUAGCAGUAUGGAAGGAUGGGAAAAUGGAGCUCCUCGGUACCGCGGCCCAGUGGCACGGCAUAUUUCGAGGGCUCUUCCCACAGUAA